AAAAAUACUAAUAUUGGGUUUGCCGGUAUUUUUGCUCUUAUAGCAUGCGGUCACACUGCACUCCACUAGUAGUUGUGGUUGUUGCGUGCACAGCAUACAGAAGUUCCGCGCACUUGCUACUUCACACAGAGCAGGUUUUCCAGUCAAGUGUUGUCCUCGCUGCAGCUGCAUUACAUUACAUUUCUUCGUCUCCCUUUUGAGCGUAUUAUUCUUAAAGGUGCGAAAGAGAACAAGUGGCUGGGCACGCAUCCCCCGGAAAUGCCAAUAGAAAAAAAAUAAAUAAAAAAAAAACAACGACAAGCAUAAGCAUAUAAAGCGAAUGCAUAAAGAAAGCAACUAAAGCGCAAUGCGAUCAAAUUGAAGAACAAAAAGAUAACAGAAAACAACACAUAGGAAGCCGUGUGCCAGAGCGAGAGGGAGGAGUUUGGAGAGUGCAGAACUAAAUCAAUGCAGCUUUUUCGCACUGUAGCAGCCGCACACAUACACAUACCCAAAACACAGACGCACACACACAGACGCGCACACCUAAUCUUUGGCACAAAUUUCUGAAUGGAAUAAUAAUGUUGUGAUGGGCUCGUGCUCGUGUACACGGCGACACUUUCUGUUGUCAACAUGCUUCCUGCAAAUGAUAACGAUUAUCGAACGCCAGGUAUUCGACUUUCUCGGAUACAUGUGGGCGCCCAUAUUGGUCAACUUCUUUCAAAUACUGUUUAUCAUAUUCGGCUUCUAUGGCGCAUAUCAUUUUAGAAUCAAAUACAUCAUAACCUAUUUACUAUGGAACUUCGUUUGGAUCGGCUGGAAUGCGUUUUUAAUAUGCUUCUAUUUGAAUGUCGGCAGCCUGGAUAGGGAUAGCGAUCUGCUCAAUAUGGGCACUGGCAGCGUUUCCUGGUUCGAGGCGAAUGGCUACGGCUGCAAGCCCACCUACAACAUCACCUCGGACGAUCCGUAUCGGCCCCUGCGCCCGGAACGUGUCGAGGACUGUCUAUUGGACUAUCCGCUCGUCGAGGUCAUACACUCGGGCGCACAGUGCGCGCUGGCGCUGCUGGGCAUACUUGGUGCGAUUCUGAUCAGCUGCAUAUUUCUCGAUGAGGACGACAGAUUCGAUUUCAUGAACGGCGACGCGAAGAGUCCACAGCACACCGUCGUCCAUCCAAUGUACGUGAGCUAUACAAGUAUACCAACAACAUCCGCAAGCGCCACAAUCCAGUCAAAUAAACUAACCCAGCAGCAGCAGCAGGCGCAGCAGCAGCACCAUCACCAGCAACAACAACAACAACAAUAUUCACUGCAAUUCUAUCAUCACAACAACAACAAUAGCUACAAUAGCAACAACAACAGCAAUUGCAACACACUCAAGCAGCCACAGCCAGACACAGCAAAUAACCCACAUUUAACCCACACAAGUGGCAGCAACAACAACAGCCGCAGCGGCAGCCUCAGUCGCCUCAAGUCGCAGAGUCGCCACACCCAGACCCAGACCCAGACCCAGCCACAUCCUCAUCCCCCCCAGCACAAUGAGAGCCAGCAGCGCCGGCGCCUCUAUCAGAGCCGUUCGCCCGCCUUCAACUCUGUCAGUCCCAUGUCCGUGUCCGCACAGACCACGCCCUCGCUGUCGUAUGCCUCGCUGCAGAACUCCAAUCCGCAGCUCAGUAGCAGCAACUAUAGCAUUUUCCAUGCUGCCAUCGAUAAUUCGGGCAGCGGUCACUUUGCCCGCAUCCAUCACAAACCCAAGGCGCCCAAAUCUCUGCCAGACAUUAAGCAUACGCAGCAAGUGGCUUUGGCGCGUUUGUCGCGCAAUCUGGAGGAGGAUGAGGAUAGCUUUUCGCUGCCGCAUUUGUCGCCCGACGGCGUCAGCUAUGUGCCCUUCCAGAGUCCCACGCCUGAGAAUAAUAACCUUGCCUUCGGCGCCGUUCACGAACAAAUCCAGUCUAGUCCCAAUAACAAUCAAUAUCCGCCAUAUGAACAGCACGGCCUGUUGGGCUAUUCGCCCAAGCUGCUCCGCGGCGUGCCACGCCCCACGCAGAUACCGCUGCCCACGGUGCCCGUGCACAACUGUGGCCAUGUGGAGCCGCCGCCGCCGCCGCCGAUGGAGACGUUGUCGCUGUCGCCACCGCCGCCGCCGGCGCCACGUCCGCACAUUUUCCAGCCGCGUCUGGGUCAGGCGCCCUAUCCGGAUCUCUCGCCCGAAAUAGCCGAGAAAUAUGCCAUGCCCACACAGCAUGUGCCUGCCGGCCAUGGCUCGCCCAUGGUGCGACGCAGCCAGCGUCGCCCACGUCCGCAUCCGGCUCCGGCGAAUUUUUGCGAUCAAAUACGCGACACUCCGCCCGGCUACAUGGUGCGCACGCACAGCGACGACCAGCUGGAGGAGCAGCAGCUGCAGCAGCAGCAGGCGGCGCCGCAUGUCAAUCGACGCAGCGGCCGCAAGGCUCGCCCGCGCUCCUUCUGCAACUCCAUUGUGGGCACCCAGGCCUAGCUGGUCCCAAUUCCAACAGAUCCUCAAUGCUGCAUUCCUCUUGAUUAGUGACCAAAUCUUAUAGACUUUUAGAGAUUCUCUAGCGGCAGCGGCUGCUCACGCGAUCUUCAAACCUUAUUUGUUGCCGAACCGAAGCUGAAGCUGAAGCUGUCCUCGUCUCGCUCUCUCUCUCCCGCUCUGACUCUCUCACAAGAACUUUGACUCAAGUAGGUCCAGCUCCUUUACAUAUAUAUAAACUCUCUCUCUCUCUCUCUCUGUCUCUCUCUCUCUGUCUAUAUCUGUACUGCGGGUGCUGGGCGACUUGCCGCUUGUGUCCCAUGUGUUGUCCAUACUAACUAACUGUAUAUUACAUUUAGUACAUGUUGUCGUCUUUGUUGUGGCUAACAGAACUUUUUACGCAUAUUACGAUUUACGAGUUUGUUAAAUAGGAACACUAGAGCAUAGUAAACUAAACACUUUAAGUGUAAUGCAAGUCGAAAGAGAGUUUUAUGUAAGCGCAUAGGAACAGUGGAAUUGGAACAGUAGAUAAAGUACUUUGAUUGAACAUACUGUUCCCAAUUGCUUGCUGUUACCAGCUUCAAUUUGAGUGGUACACGAGAUGGGAAUACCCAGGUAGAGUACACUUAAUUACUCAAGAAGAUGUUGCCAAUUUUUUAGUGGUAUGAUAAGAUGCUGUUUCUAGUUUCAAUUGAAAUUCAAAAAAUAAGCUGUGCUCAUUUCAAGUUAAGUGAAAGUUGCAUAAAUUAAUUUAAUAUGUUCCCAAUUUCAACGUUCGCAAAAGGCUCAACGUGUUCAACUACAAUGCGUGUUAAACGAGCUGUUCCCAAUUAUAAACUGUUCUUAGAAUGCGAUAUAGGCAGUUGUCAGAAACUGUUCUCUGCUUGGAGCAAGUGGAGCAAUGUACGUCACAUGAAUUGUUCCCAGUUGCCAAGGUAGGAACAACAGAGCUAAGCACUCACUAUGUGCCGUGCACUUAGCUGUUCCCAGUUAACUGGAACGCGAACACAAUGCAAUUCACAUGCAUUGUUCCCAUUUGUCAAGAUAGGAACAGUUAAACUUAGUUCUCACUUUAUGUGCUGUGCACUUAGUUCUUCCUAUCUUGUUGUUCCCAGUUAAAUCAAUUAAAUAAAAUAAAAUUGAAGCAGCUUUGAUUAUAACUGAACUUAAAUGAUUUUUCGGUCUUGCAUAGCAUUUGAAGUGAAAAUAAAAACUAGAUUUAAGCAUAAAAUCGGAUGCCUUGAAAGCCAUUUACUAAAUUAUGUGACAAACACAAAUACAUACAUACAUACAUACAUAUGCAUAUACAUAUACUAACAGACAUACACACACACACAUGUGAGACUUUCCAUAAUGGCUGAAACAUUAUGAAUUGUGAUAGAAAAAUGUUACAAAACAAACGAAAAAAAAAAACUAAAAAGUAAAACGAAAACAAAAUGAGAAGAGAAGAGUAAAGAAGGGAAGAGAAGCGUAACGCUAAGCGGAAAGUCCAAUGCCUUCAUAAUUUUAUGUUGAACUGUGAUACUCUACAUAACGAUUAAAAAUUUAAACACAAAUGUCACAAAAAACA